AGGGACAAGAGAGGAGGGAGAGUCAGAGAGGGGACGGACCAAGAGAGAGAGCCGAGGGGAGGGAGCAUCGGCAAUGGGGGAAAGUAGACGAGAGAGAAAGUGAGGGAGUCAGGAGAAGAGAGGAGGUAGAGCACAGGGAAAAGAGGAAGACAGCUCAGCAACUAAGCUCAGUGUCAUUCCUCUCUCCCAGCAGCAGUGGUCCAGGCUGAGAGAGGGAAGUUCAGCUUCACCAGGGGAAGAAGAAGAAGAAGAAGAAGAAGAAGCAGAAAACAGCAUUUUUUUAUUUUCUAUUUCUGUGCUGUGAAGAAAGCUGAGGACUCCCUGGAGAGGAGAGGGAACACGAAGAAGAGCUUCUGCAGCCUCCGAGUGUCCUGCAGGGGAAGAUGGAUUCAGACUCCGGAGAGCAGAGUGACGGGGACCUGUGUCCAGGACAGGAGAGCUUCAACUCUCGCUCCCUGGCCCUGCAGGCCCAGAAGAAGAUCCUGAGCAAGAUGGCGACCAUGGUGGUGGCCAACAUGCUGACGGAUGACACGAGCAGCGAGAUCUUGGACGAGCUCUACAAGGCCAGCCGGGAGUUCACCAAGAGCAAGAAGGAGGCCCACAAGAUCAUCAAGGAUGUCAUCAAGAUCGCCCUGAAGAUCGGCAUCUUGUACCGCAACCACCAGUUCAGCCCCGACGAGCUGGACACGGUGGAGCGCUUCAAGAAGAAGAUGAACCAGGCGGCCAUGACGGCGGUGUCCUUCUACGAGGUGGAGUACACCUUUGACAGGAAUAUUCUGUCCGAGCUGCUGCUGGAGUGCAGGGACCUGCUUCACGGCCUGGUCGAGCAGCACCUGACGGCUCGCUCGCACGCGCGCAUCGAUCACGUUUUCAACCAUUUUGCUGCCGGCGACUUCCUGGCCGAGCUGUACGGGGACGGAGAGGAGUACAGACUCUCUCUGAGGAAGAUCUGCAACGGCGUCAACAAACUGCUGGACGAAGGAACGCUUUAACCUCGCCACGCCUGACCUCCUUCACCUCUAGCUCUUUUCCCUCUUGCUCAUUUUCUCGCUGGUCUCCCCCCCCCUCCCUGCUGCCUCCUCUCAUUUUCUUUUCACUUGCUCACCGGUGACGGCUCACAUCCUUCUGUUUGCUCUGGUCUUCCUGCUUCUCCUGCAGCCAUUUCCACGGAGCUAUACAUCCCGAUGCUGCGGUGCCAUGAGGGGAUUUUUGUAAGACCGGCGCUCAGUGGAUCACUGCUGCACUCUGGGACAUCCUGUUUCACCAUGUAUGCAUUUUAAAGUCCCUCUCUUUGUUUGCAAAUGUGUACUUUACCAAUGGCCAAAAAACAUACAUUAGGUAUACUGUAUAUGGAAGAUAAAUAGUAGUAGUG